GAGGAAAUGCAGAAGCUGAAGGCAUGGAGAAGAGCGGCUGGUGGGAAUGCUUAAAUACUUCCAAAAGCAUUUUGCUCAUCUCUUGAAGGAACACAAAAGACGAAGGUCCAGACUGGUGUCAAAAGAUGGAAGAUGUAACAUAGAGUUUGGGAAUGUAGAAGAACAGUCAAGGUUUGUUUUCUUGGUUGACAUCUGGACCACUAUCUUGGACCUCAGGUGGAGGUACAAAAUGACCAUCUUCAUUUCAGCGUUCUUAGGUAGCUGGUUCUUUUUCGGUCUUCUCUGGUACAUAGUAGCAUACAUACACAAGGAUCUGCCAGAGUUUAGCCCUUCAAUAAAUCACACUCCAUGUGUAGACAACAUAAAUGGCUUGACCUCUGCUUUCCUGUUCUCCCUGGAGACACAAGUCACUAUUGGCUAUGGUUUCAGGUGUGUUACUGAACAGUGUGCCACUGCCAUUUUCCUGCUGAUCUUCCAGUCUAUCCUAGGAGUUAUCAUCAACUCAUUCAUGUGUGGAGCCAUCUUGGCCAAGAUCUCUAGGCCCAAGAAGAGAGCAAAAACCAUCACCUUCAGUAAGAAUGCCGUUAUCAGCAAACGUGGUGGGAAACUGUGCCUUCUUAUCAGGGUAGCCAACCUCCGGAAAAGCCUUUUGAUUGGGAGCCAUAUCUAUGGUAAGCUCUUAAAAACCACUAUCACACCUGAAGGGGAGACAAUAAUAUUGGAUCAAGUCAACAUAGACUUUGUAGUUGAUGCUGGCAAUGAGAACCUGUUCUUCAUCUCUCCCUUGACCAUUUACCACAUCAUUGACAAGCAUAGCCCCUUCUUUGACAUGACCGCAGACACGAUCCUUCAACAUGACUUUGAGCUGGUGGUAUUUCUAGAUGGGACAGUGGAAUCUACCAGUGCAACCUGCCAAGUCAGGACGUCUUACAUUGCUGAGGAGGUGCUAUGGGGCUAUCGUUUUGCUCCCAUGGUCUCCAAGACCAAAGAAGGAAAAUACAGAGUGGACUUUCAUAACUUUGGCAAACCUGUGGAGGUGGAGACCCCUCACUGUGCCUUUUGCCUGUACAACGAGAAAGAUGCAAAAUCCAAAGCAAAGAUGGGUUAUGACAACCCAGGCUUCCUGUUUCAAGAAGUUUGUGAAACCAGUGACACACAAAUGUAG